UUCCUCGUUACUUCUCAUCAGUCUAGUUACUUUCAUCAACAUGGCUUCUAAAGCAUUCAUUGAACUGCCUGGUGGCUACAAUAUGCCUAGCGUUGGUUUGGGCACAUGGCAAGCGAAGGAUGAAAAAGAAUUAGAAUCAGCUCUAAAUGCUGCCUUGGAAGCUGGUUACAGACACAUUGACACUGCCUUCGAUUACGGCAACGAAGCGAUAAUUGGUAAAAUUGUGAAAAAAUGGAUUGACUCAGGCAAAAUCAAGAGGGAGGAACUGUUCAUCACCACAAAACUUCCCGUCAGUGCAGUGCGUCCCAGCAGUGUUGAAGAACACUUAAAAAUGUCGCUAGAAAAUUUAGGUUUACAAUAUGUUGACCUGUAUUUAAUCCAUUUUCCUGUGUGCUUGAAACCAGACGACGGAAGCAAUAAAGAUAAGAAGUUUUAUGAAACUGAAAUCACCGAUCACAUCGCUGUUUGGAAGAAAAUGGAAGAACAAGUGAACGCAGGACGCACCAGAUCGAUAGGUCUGUCAAAUUUCACCGCCAAACAAAUCGAGAGAAUCCUAAAAUCGAAUCCGAAAUACAAGCCAGCCAAUUUGCAGAACGAAAUCCACGUUUAUAUGCAGCAACAGGAUUUGGUCAAAUAUUGUCACCAGAAUGGUAUUUCUGUCACUGCAUAUUCUCCACUUGGUUCACCGGGAAUGAACAAAUUUUUGGUGUCCAUGGGUUUGGAACCAGAACAAUUGCCGGACAUGUUAACCGACGAGACAAUUAAGGCGAUCGCCAAAAAACACAAAAAGACGAACGCCCAAAUCAUGUUAAGGUACCUACUCCAAAGGAAUAUUAUUGUUAUUCCAAAGAGCGUCACUCCUUCCAGACUGAAGGAGAAUAUCGAAAUUUUCGAUUUUGAACUCGAUACUGAAGAUGUAGCUGCCCUUAAUUCUUUGGAAGUCGGUCCAAAGGCACGUGUCUGUAAUUGGAGAGCUUUACCAGGGCUGGAAAAGAACCCUGAAUAUCCUUUCUAAAAAUGGAAUACUGUUGUGAUGUUUACUUUAAAUAUGACCUAUUAAAUUAAUUUUAAA